CACUUCCGGGACGGUGUUCCGGCCCAUUCCGGCCCAUUUCCACCCCCGGAGCUCUCACCCCUCCAGUGCCGACGGUAAAGAAAGACUUUACUCCAAGGGCUUCCUUCUCACUGGGGAAUUGCCGGAAAAAGCAAACAAAAAAAGGCGCUGGUGUAGGCUCCAAAAUAAACAUCUGAAUUCAUGAUGGCAUCGACAGUGGCUCUUAAUGGAUUAAAAGUUUCAAAACAAACAAAAACGCUUUGGAAAAAGCAGGGUUGAAUGCCUGCCUGCAUCCUCAGGCACGACCAUGGAGAAAGGUGGGAACAUACAACUGGAGAUCCCUGACUUCAGCAACUCUGUCCUGAGCCAUCUAAAUCAGCUGCGUAUGCAGGGCCGUCUCUGUGAUAUCGUGGUCAAUGUACAAGGACAGGCUUUUCGAGCUCACAAAGUGGUACUGGCUGCCAGCUCCCCCUAUUUCCGGGACCACAUGUCCUUGAAUGAGAUGAGUACUGUCUCCAUCUCAGUCAUCAAGAACCCUACUGUUUUUGAACAGCUCCUUUCUUUCUGUUAUACAGGGCGAAUCUGCCUGCAACUAGCAGAUAUCAUCAGCUACCUGACAGCUGCCAGCUUUCUGCAGAUGCAGCAUAUUAUAGACAAAUGUACACAGAUCCUGGAGGGCAUUCACUUCAAAAUUAAUGUGGCUGAGGUUGAAGCAGAAUUAAGUCAAACAAGGACAAAGCAUCCCGAGAGACCUCCAGAGUCUCACAGGGUUACACCAAAUCUAAACCGCUCUCUCAGCCCACGACACAGUGCUCCAAAGGGAAACCGGCGGGGUCAGGUUAGUGCAGUGCUGGAUAUCAGGGAGCUGAGCCCUCCAGAGGAGUCCACCAGCCCUCAGAUAAUUGAACAGAGUUCUGAUGUAGAGAGCCGGGAGCCUAUUCUACGGAUCAACCGAGCAGGACAGUGGUAUGUGGAGACAGGGGUAGCAGACCGAGGGUCCCGGAGUGAUGACGAAGUUAGGGUUCUUGGAGCAGUACACAUCAAAACUGAAAAUCUGGAGGAGUGGCUUGGGCCUGAAAAUCAGCCUUCAGGAGAAGAUGGAAGUAGUGCAGAAGAGGUCACAGCCAUGGUGAUUGACACCACAGGCCAUGGAUCUGUGGGACCGGAAAAUUAUACUUUAGGGUCUUCAGGAGCCAAGGUGGUUCGCCCAACCAGCAGUGAGAUUGACAGAUUUAGCCCCUCUGGCAGUAUUGUUCCCUUGACAGAGAGACACAGAGCCAAAAGUGAGUCUCCUGGGAGAAUGGAUGAGCCUAAGCAACCUAGUUCCCAGGUAGAAGAGUCAGCAAUGAUGGGAGUAAGUGGCUAUGUGGAAUAUCUCCGAGAGCAGGAAGUAUCUGAGAGGUGGUUCCGAUAUAACCCCCGUCUCACCUGUAUCUACUGUGCAAAAUCUUUCAACCAGAAGGGGAGCCUGGACCGCCACAUGCGCCUACACAUGGGCAUCACACCAUUUGUUUGCCGCAUGUGUGGCAAGAAGUAUACUCGGAAAGAUCAGCUGGAGUAUCAUAUCCGCAAGCACACAGGCAACAAGCCCUUCCACUGUCAUGUUUGUGGCAAAAGUUUCCCCUUCCAGGCCAUCUUAAAUCAGCACUUUCGCAAAAACCACCCUGGCUGUAUCCCCUUGGAGGGGCCCCACAGUAUAUCCCCUGAAACAACUGUCACAUCUAGAGGACAAGCUGAGGAAGAGUCACCUUCACAGGAAGAGACAGUUGCUCCUGGGGAAACCGCCCAGGGCUCUGUGUCUACCACUGGGCCAGAUUGAAACAUAGAGGGGGAGGGGGCAGACCCUCUUCCCCUUUGGGCCGUAAGCUGCCAGCAUCAGGGCCAUGGGCUGGUACUUAGAUUCACAAAAUGCCACAUUACUAGACCGGAAGAUGCUCCCAAGAUGUUGCCAAACUAGAGGAUCAGCAACAUAUACAAAAGCACUUAAGGCUCUUCCCCUCCUCCUUCCCACCUCACACUUUGGAAAGUAAUCAAGCAAAUCAACUUUAUAAUUCAGGGAUCAACAGCCUUGGUUUGUUAACUUUAUAAGAAAAAAAUUUUUUAACAAAACAAUGAUAAAUGGUGAUUUAUCUACAUCAUGUUUAAAUACUGUACUUUGGUUCAUAUCAUCAUGGUGGCUAUAAAUGCCCCAAAAAAAAAAAAAAUGCAGCAGGACCUUGGUCAUCUGAAUCAGCUGCCACAAAAAAGAAGGAAGUAACCAACGUGGUGAUUUUAAGGAGGAGUUUCUCCUGUUCCUUCCCUGCCAGGACAUCUGGUUUUAUGUUCA